GCUCCAAGCUCAGUUGCAAUCGAUUUAAUAACCAAUUAUCAGUUCAAAACUUAAACUCAAUUCAAGAUGAAAUAUUUCGCCGUGCUACUGCUGCUGUGCGCCCUGAUGGGUUCUGCCCUGGCCGCACUGAAGAAUCCUGUCUGUGGUGAGGAGUUUGGUAAGAUCGGUACCUGCCGCGCCCUCCAGAAGAUGUGGACGUAUCGCUGGGACACCAAUGAAUGCAUCAACUUCAACUAUAGUGGAUGCCAUGGCAACAAUAAUCUCUUCGAUUCGAAGAAGACAUGCGAGAAUACCUGCAAAGUUUAAGCGACAUAAGUUCCAAUGUUAAUUAAA